UGCAUUCUAUUCUGUUCGCCGUCAGAUUAUGUGACCACUUUUUGAGUAACCCGUAAUCUUACUAUCAAUAUUAAGAUAAUUUGUUUUUAAGCAUGUGGUAUUAGGAUAGGUUUAUUGUAUUUGUGUGAGGGAUAAUGUUUUACAGGAGAAAGUUGUUGCACUUCUGCAAACAGAGAGCAACACGAGUGAAGAUAACUGUACAAGAUGCGAGCCCUCCUCCUAGAUACUCACUUUAGCUAAAUUGUUGAAGGAGCAUCAAAAGGAUGUCAUUAGAGUGCCCAAUGUCACUUUCACCCCCUCCUCCUCCUCCUCCUCCACCUCCACCUCCUCCUGCUCCAGGCCUUCCUCCUCCACCUCCACCUCCUCCACCUCCUCCUGGUCCAGGCCCUCCUCCUCUGGCCUCAGCACCUAAGAAGAAACUCUAUCAGACCAUAGCCAGUAGCAGGAGUCCUGUGAAAGGGGACCACACUGAGGCCCGCUUACUGCUCAGUCAGCGAGAGAGCAGUUUUAGGAAGGACCUGCAGUGGAUACUUGUGAACACAUAUGUGCCCUCCCUCAUCCAAGAUGGUCCACAGUGUGGUCUGGUGGCUUUGUGGAUGUCUGCUCAGCGUUGUCAGUCACAGCUGAGUGUUGACAUGGAAACUGUCGUUCAGACAGCGCUGAGCAGGGGAUACACGGCUCAGGGGGAAAUGUUUUCAGCUGACAACAUGGCCCUCCUGGCAGAGGAGGUGUGUGGCUGUAAGGCAGAACUGCUGUCAGGAGGAUUAAGUGGUAAAAAUGCUGCGACCAUCAUUGCACACCUGUGGGGCAGACAGCCUGUUCUCAUCCCAUAUGAUGAGGACUACAACCAUGAGCCGUGCCAGCGCAGUGGUCACAGGGCGCACUGGGCGGUCGCUUCAGGUGUUCUCCUGGGUUUAGACCAGGGGAGUGUGAGCAAAGAGCACACCCAACCUGAUCCCACUCUGCCCUGGCUCCACCUCACCACUGACCGCAGCUCCUCUUGUCCUGUUGGAGCAGCGGUCAAAGAGCUCUACAUCCUGGCUAAGCAGGGUAAAAGCCUGCGCUACCAGCUGUGGAGUUGGGACAGCGUCGCCCAUAGCAACGAGCAGCUGAGGACGAUGGACCCUCAGAGGGCUAACGAUGGGACCCAGUACGUUGUUCCUCCUGGUGGAGUGGAAGCCGGGCUGGCUGGGAAGGCGGUGUUAAUCCACACGAUGACACAGGAGCAGCGGCUGUCAUGUGGUGAAGCAUCACAGUGAGCCGAUAUGGUGAUCCAUGGAUACAUAUUUAACACAUUUCCAGAAUGUUUUACAGCUGAACAGUGUGAUGUGUCAUUCUGAAAGGGCUUGAACAUGUAAACUGUAGUGUCAUGGUAGUCUGUAGUUUUUUUGUGGAUCCUGUUAUGAGAUAUAAAUAUUCUUUUGUCUCAUUUUAGCAUUUCACGCUGUACAAGGCUGUUACUGACGGUGCUGUGGACACAAUAAUGCCUUACUGCAGUAUCAGCAACACUGAAUGUAUGUAUUAAUAUUAUCAAGAGAUAAGAGUUAAGAGUUUUUUAUUCAGGGCCUAAGUCAUUACUUUUAUUUUAAAGCAGUUCUAUUUUUAUUAUCAAUAAAAAAAGUCUCUUGGUGUGGAAAACAUAAUAAACUGAAUUUGGUACACUUUUACAAUA